AUGUUGCUGUACAACAACAACAAGCAGAAGAAAACACACAAGUCUAAGAUUAAUAGGUUCCUCGUUAGCAUUAGUUUCUUAGGAAGUGCUGGACCCAUUCGUUUUGUUGUUAAAGAAGAUGAAACUGUUUCUAGUGUGAUUGAUUAUGCUCUCAAAUGCUAUGCUCGUGAAGGCAGGCUUCCACUACUCGGUUCUGAUUCUAGCUUUUUCCUUCUCUACUCUCCUUACUAUGCAGUUGAAGCAUUUAAUCCAUGGGGAAAGAUUGGUUCAACCGGAUCAAGAAACUUUGUUCUGUCUAAGAAGUUAGACGCUUCUGUAGACACAACAACAACAAUCCGGAAGACCUCUGGGAAAUGGAAGGCUUGGCUCAACAAGUCUCUAGGACUUAUGGUUCCUUCUCAUUAG